GAGCCGAGGUCUGCUGGCAUCGGGGUGAAAGUUCCAGGUGGAUCCGUAAACAUUACUGCCGGAGAUGAGCAGGCCCUGAAGCGCGCGAUUGCUUUAGUUGGCCCAGUGAGCGUGGCUUUCCAGGUGGCCUCCGACUUUCGACACUACAGCUCAGGUGUCUACUCUUCCAAAGUCUGUAAAUCCGGACCCAAAGACGUGAACCAUGCGGUUCUUGCCAUUGGCUAUGGUAAAGACCACCGGAGCGGCAAGCAGUACUGGCUCAUCAAGAACUCCUGGGACUACGACUGGGGUGAGGAGGGAUUCUUCAAGAUGGAGGCCUUCAAGAACAUGUGCGGCGUCGCAGAUUGCAUGGCCUAUCCUGACUUGGGCUCUCAUGAACCGGAGUCGAUCCUG